AUGUGUAAAGAUAUUAUAAAUCUUCCUAUUGAAUAUCAAUUAUUAUUUAAUGAAAAAUAUAAAAUAAUUAAUAAUUCAAUUAUUAUUUAUAAUCAAAAUGUUUAUAUAUAUCAUACAUUAGGAAUACAUUUAGGUUUACUUGGUAUAUUAUUAUCUUUAAUACAAUUAAUUACAAUUUGUAUUGCAUUAAUAAAUCAUAGUAAACAAAUUAAAGCCAAUGAAAAAAUCAAUUAUGAAAUUUCAUUAAGUACAGAAUUUAUUUGUCUUAUAUCAAAUUCAUUAGCUACAGAUUCUAUUCUAUGUGCAAGAUUAUACUUAUUAACAGCGUUUAUAAUUGGUUUAUUUAUUAUAUUAUAUAUAAAAAGUAUUAUAAAAUAUUUUUUAAAAAUUACACAAUUAAGUAAUUAUGAAAUAUCAAAAAUUUUUCUUUAUCAAUAUAUAUUACGUAAUAAUAAUAAUAAUAAUAGUAAUAAUUCUCAGCAAAGUUUUGCAUAUAUUGCUUUAAUGCAUUCAUUACCAUGGGCAUUAUCAGCUGGUACAGCUUUAUUAAUUGCAUUUUCAUCAUUUUAUCCAAUAAAUCAAUAUUCUACAGAAUUUAAUCCAAUAAUUAAUGAAACACAAAUAUUUAUAAAAAAUAUUAAACCAACAGUUAAUGUUCUUUUUCAAGGAUUAGAUUCAUUAUUAACCUGUUCAAUAAAAUUAUCCUCUGAGACAAUAAUAACUUAUACAUCAUAUAAACAAUUAUUAAAUUAUACUGGAAUAAAAUUAUCUUUUAAUUGGUUUUCAUCAUUUUUAUUAAUUAUACUUCCUUUAAUUAUACAAACAUUAGUAAUUAUAUUAUUUAUUACAUUAAUAUUUAUUAUUCGUUAUAUAAAUCAAAAGAAAACAUCUAAUCGGAAUAGAUUUAAAUUAUCGAAUAAAUCAUUUUUAGUUAUUUUAUUUAUACUACUCAUAGAAAUAAUUAGCCUAUGUACACCAAUUCUAUAUAAUAUAAUCAUUUCUUUAUAUCCAAAUUAUAAAAUUAAGCUAAUAUUAAUUUCUAGAAUGAUUAUGUUACAUUUAUUAAUUGAUCCUUUAUUAAUAAUUUGUAUUUUACAAAAAUUUUGGAAAGAUGAUAAAAUAUUCGCUCAUAUAAGUAAAUAUGAUUCAAUUAAUAAUUUAACAUCUUCAUCAAUAAAUGAACCUAUUCAAAGUGAUCUAUUCAAUACUAAUAAUCAAGAAAUGAAAAUUAUUGAAAAUAAAGAAACUAAAUCAUUACAUUCUUCACCAAUUCAAUUAUUCAAUUGUUUUCCAAUGAAUACAAAUACAUUUUGUUAUAAUAGAACACCAAAUUUACAAUCAUUUGUAAUGCCUUAUCUUCCAGCUUCAGAAUAUCUACUACCAACUAUUGAUUCAAUUUGUAAUUCAACUGGAUUAACUGAUACUAAAUUACAUACAGAUAUGAAUUCCAGUGGAUUUAUUCUACCAGUUAGUGGAAUAAGUAAUGAAACAUCUAGUCAUAUGAUAGCUAAUACACUGCAUAGUAUCUAUUCAGAUAGUCUUCAUGAUACUUCAAUCAAUCAUAAUUCAAUUUCUAUAAGAAAUAAUCAACUAAUUACUAAUCCAACUUCAUUAUCAGAUACCUUACAAACAUCAGAAACUGACACUAGUCAUAGUCAAAUAUAUACAUAUGGAAAUAUACAAGAGGCUUUUCCUCAACUCUGUCAACAUCAUCAACGCUUAUUAGAACAACAAUAUGAACAACCAUGUAUAACUACAACAGUUAAACGUAAUCGUAAUUUUGGAAGUGUUCCGCGCUUAAAACAACCUAUCCCAGAUUUGAAUACAUUACUUAAUGUUAAACCAAUAAAUGAAUCAUUGUGUAGACAACAUUCACCUCCACCAAUGAAUAACACAAAACCUGAAAUUACAACAGAGAUAAUAUCAUCAUUUCAAUAUAGACAAACUAUGGGACAGAGUACUGCAACUGCUGCAGUUAUGGCAGCAGCUGCAGCAGCAGUAGCUGCACAAGCUGGUAAAUUGUCUAAACCAAUCAAUUCAACUAUUUCUAUGUCUACAAUAGAUCCAUUAAAUUUGACUAAUGGAAUGCCACCAAGUCCAUUAUUUGUUAGUGAACAAAAAGAGAUUGAUGAAACUUUCAAUGAUAUAAAUUCUUUGACAAAUUAA